AUGCCGCAGGGAGCCAACACAAGCCCGUCUUGGUUCGUCAAGGUCAUCAACAGAGUGGUGCACGGUCUAGAGCGUGUGCUUGCGUAUCUGGACGACGUCAUCUGUUUCGAUGAGGACAGAAUGGGACACGUGCUGAACAUGACCGAGUUCUUCAAACGACUGCGACAGUACAACCUCAAACUGUCUCCAGGGAAUGCUCGCGUCGGCGCCACGCACGCCAACUUCCUCGGUCACGCCAUCUCUCCGGCCGGUGUUAGCCCUGAUGGCGUUGAGGUUAGGGCGCUCACGCACAUGCCGCCGCCGACGAAUGUUAAGCAGCUUUGGAGCCUGCUCGGUGGACUCAGCUACUACCGGAAAUCCCUCGAGUAUCUCGCCACCAAGGUGCGGCCUCUCAACUCUCUUCUCAAACAAGGCGUUCCCUUCAAGUACAUCCCGGGCAUGGUCAAGGUUGUCAAAACGUUGUUAAGCGAACUCGCUCGCCCCCCGAUUUUGGUCUUCCCGGAUUGGGCAUCAAUCGAGGACAACAGCCGUCCUCUUCGUUUGUGUUCCGACGCGUGUAUCGACGGCUUUGGCGCCUCCUUGGAACAAGAACAGCUCGAUGGCUCGGUGAGACCCAUCGUGUACAUCACCCGCGCUAUUCUUGCUGCGGAGCGUAACUGGACCGUUUUGGAUCUGGAUCUGGUAGCGUUGUUUGGGCCAUCAAACGCCUUCGCGGCCCCGCUCGACAAACAAGACCACCCGGACCGCCGCGCGUCUGCUGCAACCAUCCGCGACGCCGGCAUCGGCGUUUUCGUCGACUGCUCCUGCGCCACNCUAAACUCCGGAGGCACCGUCACCGGUCCCGCUUAUUUCGGACGCCAGCCGCGGGCUACCAUCGUCCCUCGGAUAUCGUCGCCUGCCCGUCGCUCUAGCAGGCCCCGCUCGACAAACAAGACCACCCGGACCGCCGCGCGUCUGCUGCAACCAUCCGCGACGCCGGCAUCGGCGUUUUCGUCGACUGCUCCUGCGCCACCGGUGUCUUCGCCGUCAGCGGCGCGCCCUGCAUCCCCGGUUUCGCCUUCUCUACAGGGGCCUGGUACGGUCGUCGGCGUCGACUUCUUCGGACCUCUGUCAAUGACUGCCAAGGGCAACUCCUACAUUUGGUUGUUCACAAACCGUUUCAGUCGGAGAGCUGACAUGUUCGCAGUUUCAGCGGCGAAACUUACGGCGAAAGGGACGGCUCAAAUCUUCGUCAACCAGUACAUGACCAAGUGGGGAUGUCCGACCACGUUAUUGUCGGACAACAGACUGCAUUUCUGCCCCAAGCUCUCCAUGGCGAUCUACGAGGUGAUGAAGAUCAAGAAGGUCACCACCAGCUCUAACCACCCACAGACCAACGGCGGCACUGAACGCGUCAACCACACGGUGGCCCAGAUGCUUGCGGUGGUCGUCAACGAACAGCAAAACGAUUGGGACCUACAUCUUCCGCACGUUGAGUUUGCCUAA